CUUCCGCGUAAUAAUUUUGAUGCAAUUCAAAUAGACGCAACUUAUAGCACUAACAAAAUAGGAUGGGAAUUAUAUGUGAUUAUGGGUGUGAUCGAUAGAACUGGUUUUCCUAUAAGCUACCUGUUAAUUGCUGCAGGAAAAAGCAGUGAUAUUAUGACAAUUUUAAUUCAAUGGAUGAGUGAAUUAAAAGAUAGGCAAUUGGUAAAUUUUCCUUUUAUUUUGAUAGAUAAAGACUUCAGUGAAAUAAAUGCAACUCAGAAAGUAUGGCCAAAU